UCCGAGGUUGAUCAACUACGGUUGCUCCUACGGCGGAUCCUUAUUUUCCCAGCGUUAAACCUUGGGGGAGGAAUGCUCCAGCGCUGUCGCACAACUACGGCUGGGUUCGGCUGUACUUUUCGAGUAGCGCCGUUCAAGUCAAAAGGCGGCGGAGAGUCUGACCGUGGAUGUUAAAAAAUUGACGUCAAAGCAUUUAUUAUCUAUGACGGGCGCGAGCGGAGUGGCUCAGCGGGAAUAAAGAUGAGGAUUCCUCCGGUGUGGGCACUGGGCGAUUGCCAGACUGGGUGAAGGGAGAACUCGACGCAGCAAAAACCUCCACCUGGUGCUGCAGAGUAGGACCGCUGUGCAGGUUCCUGCAGCCGUCGGCAGGGUGGAGCUUCCUGACCCAUGGAGAAUUACUUCCAGGCCGAGGCCUUCAACCUGGACAAGGUGCUGGAUGAGUUUGAGCAAAACGAAGAUGAGACGGACACGUCGAUUCUCUCGGAUGCCAAAUGGACUCAGAUCCUGGCCCCGCCGGCUCACAUGCUCUCUUUGAACCCCGCUUUGGCCCACUCAGACCUCAGCCCCCGGGAGAGUCCCCUUCCCUUUAAGACCCUCUCUGACUCUUCACCUAGCGCCUCUCUGGGAGAUGAUUCUAAAAGGCAGCCGGGGCCCGAACCUCCAUCCUGGGUGGAGGAGAGGCCAGCAGACAUCCACAGCCCCCCUCUCCCUCAGCCCAACAUCGGUAAGCUGGUGGGCACAGACGACCUCUCUCCGCCCCCCGCUACGACCUGUAGUGGCGUGGAGAACGGCUGCCCAGGCAGUCUGCAGCUCGAUGAGCUCAGUAAGGAGAGAGGUUCUCCUGCAGACGUUCAGCCUGGUGCCUCCGACCAGGCGGAGGAUCUCGGAGAGGUGCCUGCCUCAGCAGGAGGUGGAGGCUCGCACUUCACAUUUGACAUGGGAACGCCACAAGAGCACAUCCCUUCUGACAAUAUUCAUCCAGAUGUGUGUCCCGCACUGCAAAAUGGGGAAUGUGUUAAAGGUGAGAGCAGUGAAGCUGUUUCACAGGAUUUUAUCCAGGAAAGACAAACUGUACUCCUAAAAGAGGAGAAGGAAGAAGGUGUGAAUGGACAGGUUGCUCAGCCUGGUGGUGAGGUGGAGGAGAAUGGGGUUUCUCCUCCUGGGAGGUUGGGUGGGGAGGUGAACCUGCAGGAAGACCAGUAUCUCACAACAAGCUGCCUUCCUAAUGGUCGGGAAUGGGAGAACGGGAGCAGCUGGAAAACUAGGGAAUCAGAGGAGGAUAACUUUUCCUCCUCUCCUGCUCCCUCCAAAGAGGACUCUGUAACAGAGGAGAAAGAAAUGGAGGAGAGCAAACAGGAGACGAGUGAUGGAGGCGCAGUGGGGUCAGGUAGCAUUGAACCAAAACUCAGCAACAACCGGCUGCAGCCUGUAAGCGUUCCCUAUGGAGGGGCACGACCCAAACAGCCAGUCAACCUCAAACUCCAGAUCCCCCAGCUGCUGUCGGGCCAAGCCCAGAACCAGCUUGGCCCGUCUGCAGCCAGCAAGAACAAGAACCUGGAGAACCACUGUCAGAGGGGUACACCGACAGAACCAUCACCGAGCAGGACGGGUCCGAGUUCAGUCGGCAUAAACGGGGACGCUGGUGUCCCCUCUCCAUCACUAAUGUCCUCGGAGAGCCCAGACAACGACGUCCAGGCCGGACAGCAGGGGGCGCUCUGCAGGAAGGACUCUGGCUCGCUGGGAGAGGUGGCUCCCUUGUGGGUGCCGGACUCCCAGGCCCCGGUCUGCAUGAAAUGUGACGUCAAGUUCACCUUCACCAAGAGGAGACAUCACUGCAGGGCCUGUGGGAAGGUGUUCUGUGCAGCCUGCUGUAGUGUGAAGUGUAAGCUGGAGUACAUGGACAGGAAGGAGGCUCGCGUUUGUGUCACUUGUCACUCCGCCCUGACGACUGCUCAAUCAGGAGAGACUCCAGCUCCUGCAAGCAAUCAGAGUCCAAACCCCAACAACCCAGCGGAGUACUGCUCCACCAUCCCUCCUCUGCAGCAGGCUCAGGCCUCCGGGGUGCUCAGCUCUCCCCCUCCCACCGUCAUGGUGCCUGUAGGAGUCCUGAAGCAGCCCGGGAACGAGGGCUCCCUCUCCCGAGACCAGAGGAGGGUGUGGUUCGCUGAUGGGGUUCUUCCCAAUGGGGACGCAGCAAAGUCCUCCAAACUCCCCGCCUCCAGCUCAGCCACGUCCCAGCCACGAGAAGUCUCCACUUAUUCUAAUAAAUCCUCCACAUCCGAGUCUUCAGAGGCAGCGCAUCCCUCCGCUGCCCCGGUGGGCAGUCCCGUGGGCAGCUCUCUCAGUUUGAUCCCGGAGGACGGGCUCCCUCCCAUCCUCAUCUCCACCGGAGUCAAAGGAGGUACGGGAGGCCACAUCACAGAUUACACGGUGGAGGAGAGGCCGUCAGAGAUCGUCCUCAUGCAGCAGCUGGAGGAAGGAGGCCUGGACCCCCUGGUGUUUGUCCUCAACGCGAACUUGCUGGCCAUGGUCAAGCUCGUCAACUAUGUAAACAGGAAGUGCUGGUACGUGACGACUAAAGGAAUGCACGCUGUCGGCCAGGCGGAGGUGGUCAUCCUGCUCCAGUGUCUGCCUGACGAGAAGACCGUCCCAAAAGACAUCUUCACCCAUUUUGUGCAGCUCUACCAGGAGGCCCUCAGUGGAAACGUGCUGAGCCACCUGAGUCAUUCGUUCUUCACACAGAGCUUCCUGGGUAGCAAGGAUCACGGCGGCUUCCUCUACAUCAGCCCGUCCUUCCAGUCGCUGCAGGACCUGCUGCUGCCCAAUCCCCCCUACCUCUUUGGCAUCCUCAUCCAGAAGUGGGAGACGCCCUGGGCUAAGGUCUUCCCCAUCCGCCUCAUGCUGCGGCUGGGAGCAGAGUACCGAUUUUAUCCGUGUCCACUGUUCAGCGUUCGCUUCAGAAAACCGUUGUUUGGAGAAACCGGCCACACCAUCAUGAACCUCCUGGCAGACUUCCGUAACUACCAGUACACUCUCCCGGUAGUCAAAGGUCUGGUUAUCGACAUGGAGGUGAGGAAGACGAGCAUCAAGAUCCCCAGCAACCACUACAACGAGCUGAUGAAGGCCAUGAACAAGUCCAACGAGCAUGUGCUGGCCAUGGGGGCAUGUUUCAACGACAAGGCCGACUCCCAUUUAGUUUGUGUUCAGAACGACGAUGGGAACUACCAGACGCAGGCCAUCAGCAUCCAUCACCAGCCACGUAAAGUUACUGGAGCCUGCUUCUUUGUGUUCAGUGGAGCUCUAAAAGCCUCGUCGGGAUUCUUAGCCAAGACCAGCAUCGUAGAAGAUGGUGUGAUGAUCCAGAUCACAGCGGAGACGAUGGACUCUCUACGGCAAGCCCUGAGGGACAUGAAGGACUUCACCAUCACUUGUGGUAAAGCUGACCAGGAGGAGAGCCAGGAGCAGGUCCAAGUGGUCUGGACAGAAGACGACCACAACUUCAACAAGGGCGUCAUCAGCCCCAUUGAUGGGAAAUCGAUGGAGUCCAUCAGUAGCGUAAAGAUCUUCCACGGCUCAGAGUUCAAAGCAAACGGCAAAGUCAUCCGCUGGACUGAGGUAUUUUUCCUCCAAAGUGAAGACCAGCCCAACAGCCUGAGCGACCCGGCCGACCACAGCCGGCUGGCGGAGAACGUGGCCCGAGCGUUCUGCAUGGCGCUGUGUCCACACCUGAAGCUGCUGAAGGAGGACGGCAUGGCCAAACUGGGCCUCAGGGUAACGCUGGAUUCUGACCAGGUGGGUUACCUGGCAGGAAGUAACGGCCAGCCUCUCCUGCCUCAGUACCUGAGCGACCUGGACAGCGCUCUGAUCCCAGUCAUCCACAGCGGAGCCUGUCAGCUGAGCGAAGGCCCGGUAGUCAUGGAGCUGGUCUUCUACAUCCUGGAAAUCAUCUCCUAGAGAACCCCCCCCCCCCAUCCCCCCCAUGUCAUCUCCCCUCAACCUUCCUCACCUCAGCAGAACCACACAACUGUGGCGUUUCUUCAGUCAAAGCUAUGCAUCCACCCACCAUCUGCUUUGACCCAGAGGCGUUUUGGUGUCUGAGGAAGUGUGAGUGGGUGGGCGGAGCCUCACAGCCACUGCCUAAAUAACACCACAUGUGGCUAUUUGGACAGACCUGCAUGCUCCUCAGCUUCCUCCCAAAGUCACAGUCAGCUGGAGGCGCUGAAGCAAAGAACUGUGGGUAAAACUUGCCUCUGUAGCACGAGCACCGUUGCAGAUCCAUCGCUGGAAACUUUGAGGGGGAGAAACCUACAGAUCGCUGGAGGUGGAAGAAGGUGCCUGUGUGGUGAUUUUUGUUGUUUUUUUGCACCGUGGUGCUCAGUGCCUACAGCAAAGAAUCAUCAGGGGGGUCACUUGUCAAGCUUUACUCUUCAGUCACCAAACGCUUUCCGUCAUGGCUGCAGACUUGUGUAUAUUUUUAUAAGCAGAGCAGUUCCUACAUGUUACACGUGUAGCUUCCAGAUCUGUUACAGAAAAGUGACGUCAGAGUCCGAUGUCCUGUUGAACUAGAUUACUGACACAAAACCCGUUUAUUCUGCAGAUAAUUAAAACAAACAAGUUCCAGCUUAAAUCUGUACAUAAAGCUGGAAACUGAAAGAGAAAAGUUAAAAUCUCAUCAGUCAUCUUUAAAUCGCUCCAUUUCUCCAUCUCAUCUCAUCUUGGUUAAUCAAAGAUAUAUAUAUAUAUAUAUAUAUAUAUAUAUAUAUAUAUAUAUAUAUAUAUAUAUAUAUAUAGAGCUAUAUAUAUAUAGCUAUAUAUAUAGCUAUAUAAAGAGUAAUUGCAGAAGUAGUGCACUGGAUUCUAAGCCAUUUACUGGAGCUGAUGUGGCGCCGCUGCGUCCUGGAAGGGAAUCGUUUCAGCAGCAGAAAUAAGAUUCUGACUGACCCGAAGCUGAAUGUAUCUCAUCUCCCAUUCUUCUGCAUCCUUCCAAAGCCCUGAAAACCAGACCCUGGAGCGCUCUGGAGAUGCUUUCAGAGCCUCAACAGUUGUCGUGCAGCUAUGAACAGAUCAGAUUUCACCGGCGUUUCCUCUGUCGGCAACUCGGACCUGGAGGUGAAAUCUACGAAUGUAUUCUUGUUUCAGUUCCAGUCUGGAAAAAAACAAGUACUUUUUGUUCAUGUUAGAUGAGUCACCAUGAACCAAGACACCUGUACAGUAGUCAUCCCGCGUUACGCCGACAUUCCACCCAGUCCUGAAAUCAUCGACACAAUUUAGUGGAGAAAAAGUCAAAAGUUAGACAAUCAGUUAAAAAUCUGCAGAAGAGCCGGCAGCUUGAUUAGAUCUGCAACAUUAUUUUUUAUCUUUGUGGGUUUUAGGAGCUCCUGUAAUAAACAGGAACACAAAAAGCUAAUUUUGGGUCAUUUACUGCGAUGUCACCAUCCCUUCAGUGUGUGACAUCCUGAUGGAAUUCAAACUUUAAAAAACACAAACUAGAUGCGACUGUUUGUUUUUCAGAUCCCUUUUUACUGUGUCUGUUACAUUGUAUGUCUGCAUUACCACAUGUGUGCAAUAUGUCCCAAAUCCCCAAAAAAAGGUGCAAUUUGUUAAAGAUAAAAGUAGCAUUUGCUCUUGUAUUUGGCUGUAAAAACGCUUUUUUUCUCCAGAACUUUAAACACUGCAUGCAAACAGAAACCAGCUCAAAACCGGACGAGCUCCACUCAACUUUGCAUUUUUAACAGUUUAUCUAGUUUAUUGAUUUUUAAAAAAUGCACUAUCUUCUGUUUAAUUGAAUUCUUCUUUUUUUAAUAAAUAAAUAGUUCAAACGUUUUGAAAAGCCAAA